AUGCACGCAAGCACAGCGCAGCCGCCGCCCCCCGCGGUGCAGCGUGCGAGCUGCUGCGGCAACCUCGGCGUCGGUGCCCUGCGGCGCCAGCCGUGCGUGGACGUGGUGGAGUUGGACGAGCCCUCCGUCUACACCCCCUCCAGCGUGCGGGGUGGGGGCUCGCUCCCCCCCACCCCGCAGCCGCUUGCGGUGCUGCGCGAGGAGCCAACGCACGAGCCACGGCGCCGGAAAAGCAGCGGGGAUCGGGACAGGUUUCAGCCGAGGAAGGUCACAAGUUGGACGACAACCACCACCACCACCACCGUCUCGCUGCCCCCCGCAACGGUGGUGAUUCGCGCCGAGCCCGGCCCCCAGUCGGGGUCUACCCGCUCCUCCCUGUCGCGCGAUAGGCAGAACGCCUUGCUGCAGUCACUCCUGGUGAAUGAGCCACCCCCACCAUGGGGCGGCGAAAGAGCGGCGUCGGAUGGUGGACGAUUCCCCUAG